AUGGCGGACAUUCUGGAUUCCGAGGCCGGCUCGGAGCGUUUCGCCAGCUACGAGGCGGAGCUCAAGCUCGUGCAGGCGGACCUCACCCAGAAGCUGGACCAAAUCCCCGAGCUGUCCGGCGAGCCCAGAAAAGCGGCGAUAAGCCAAGCGGAGCGCGCACUGGAGGAGGCGAGAGAGCUCAUCGACCAAAUGCGGAUCGAAAAGCCCAACAUCCCAGGGCCCGCCAAGAACAAAAUCAACCAGCGGUUCCGGAACGUGCAGCACGACAUCGACGAGCUGGGGCGCAAGCUAACAGCGCAGUCGACGGACCGGCGCGCGCUCUUCGGGAAGCGGUACCGCGACGACCCGGCGACGGCGGACGACCAGCAGGAGCAGCGGCAGCAGCUGCUGUCGGGCACGGGCCGGCUCGAGCGCAGCAGUGGCCGCUUGCGCGAGAGCCAGCGCAUCGCGCUCGAGACGGAGGAUAUUGGGCGCAGCACGCUGGGCGACUUGGCUACCCAGCGCGAGCAGAUUGUCAAUACCCAGCAGAACCUGCAUGCCAGUGAGGGGUAUACCGAUCGCAGUAUUAAGACGUUGCGCGGCAUGGCGCGUAGAAUGGCUACGAAUCGCAUAAUCACGAUAGCGAUUAUCACGGUGCUGGUGCUGCUUAUCGUCGCGGUCAUAGUGAGCAAGUUCAGGUGA